GUGCCAAGAGACUUCUUCGGUAGGGUCGUAGAGGCCAAACCUGCAGCCGAGACUGUGCCGACGGACGCCGAAGGGAAACCAAUAAGUAUCAAACCCGAGGUGACCGUGUGGCUGAGUUACAACCAAGGUUUUACUAACGCUGUCAAGCGCCCGGUCAAGGUUACAGACCUUCUUUAG